AGGUGACCAAUUCUAUAGUUCGUUCUGCUCCGCAAUCUGCACGACAAUGCCACCGAAAAAAGGCGGAAAAAAGGGAAAAAGAGGCGAUGACGAUGCCGAGUGGGAGAAAUUUGAGAAGGACAUCCCCGGCCUCGACUCACUGAAAUCGGGGAAUCUUGAGCUAAAAUCGGAUCAGUCCAGGGUCACUUCUCACUCUGGUGCUAUACAUGAUGAAUUGGAUGACGAAGACGCGGGGGGCGGUUUACUGGGGAUGAUACAGGCGAAUUCGAAUAAAAAGAACAAGAAGAAACAGAAAACUCCUGCUCUCAUAGAAGAAGAGCUCCCUCAAAAUACGGUUUCAGAAUCUGGCAUUAAACCGAUUGAGACGCAACCUGUUACUGACGAUGAAUGGGCACUACCAGUCAAACCAAAAGGAAAGCCUCAAAAGAAAAAAGAAAACAACCAGGUGGCAGAUCAGCCGCCCAAAGAAGGACCCCUGGGCGGAGGCGACGCAGGGAGUGAUCACGACGUUCCAGCUUCACGCACUUUGUCCAAAAAGGAGAAGGAAAAACUGAAGAAGGAGCGAGAGAAGGCAAAGAAGAAGGCUGAAGCAGCAGAGGUUAAUAUUGCCGCAGCCGCCGUCGACGAGCCCGUGUCCAGCGUGUUAGCCCAAACCGCUUCACAGUCGCCUUCCCCAGCAGUAACGCCCGCUCCAACAUCCGUUGGGGCCAAUAAAGGGGACGCCGAUGGGGCCUCGGGGAAGAAGAAGCUAGCAGCUAACAAAGAGGCACCGAAGUCUUCGAAGUCCUCCAAAAAAAAGACUGUUGGACUCGCAGCUCUGAAGGCGGCAAUGGAAGCACAGAAGGCUGCAGAGGAGGAGGCUAGAAGGAAAGAAGAAGAGGAGCGUCGACGUAUCGAGGAGGAAGAGCGAAGAAUUGCCGAGGAGGAACGACUAAAGGAGGAAGCUAAACAGCUCAAAAAGGAGAGGGAAAAGGCGAAGAUAGAACUUGCUAAGAAGGAAGGUCGCUACUUGACUGAUAAACAGAAGAAAGAAAGGGCUCGUGCCGAGGCGCAGAAGAAAGCUCUUCUGGCUUCUGGCGUUCGUAUUCAGGGCCUUGAGGAGGGCGCGUCGGCGCCGGGAAAGAGAGUUGUAUACGAGACUCGCAAAAGAAAACCUCCACCAUCAAAAACUGAGCCUUCUGCGCAACAGCCCGACAUGAACGCGUCAACCUCCAAUCCCGGGAAGACGUCUGGGCUUGAGGAACCCGCUAAACCCGUCCCGGCCCCACCUGUGGAAGAUCAAGUUCUAGAUCCUGACGUCAAGGAUGAAUGGGACGCCUCUAGCGAUGAAUCAGAGCCGGAGGCCCCUUCAAUAGAUUCUGAGAAAAUAAUUCCGAAAACGAAUAUUCCAACAUCUACUCAGAUAGCUUCUGCCCAAAGGGAGACUUCUACCAAGGAUACUGUUGGCAAAGACAACGACAAGUCUUCCAAUAACGAAGAAUCUGCCUCUGAUUCAGACGAAACCAGCAGCGAUAGCUCGUCUGAAGAAGAACUCACCGUCGCCCAGAAACAAGCUCUCGUGAGAAAAGCCGAGGCGGCUGAACGGAGACAAAAACGUCACGAAGAAGCGCUCGCAGCUCGCAGCAAGGAUAAUCUGAGAAGCCCGAUAUGCUGUAUUCUGGGACACGUCGACACUGGGAAAACGAAGCUACUGGAUAAGAUUCGACAAACCAACGUUCAAGAAGGCGAAGCUGGAGGCAUCACACAACAAAUAGGUGCCACUUAUUUCCCGGUUGAUGCUAUCAAGGAGAAAACGAAAGUUGUAAAUGCGGCGGGGGACUUCGACUAUAAUAUUCCUGGAUUGCUCGUGAUUGAUACUCCUGGACAUGAAUCAUUUACCAACCUCAGGUCUCGGGGAAGCUCGCUCUGCAAUAUUGCGGUACUGGUCGUUGACAUUAUGCACGGGCUCGAACCCCAGACCUUGGAAUCUCUGCGACUUCUAAGAGAUAGGAAGACGCCAUUCGUCGUUGCUCUCAAUAAGAUUGAUCGUAUGUACGGUUGGGUGUCCACCCCAGACAACUCCUUCCGAGCUUCAUUAGCGAAUCAGCCACCCUCUGUUAAACGUGAAUUCGACAACAGAUGCCAGCAGACCAUUUUAGCAUUUGCAGAGCAAGGUUUAAAUGCCGCCCUUUACUACGAGAAUAAAAACAUGGGAAAGGUUGUUUCACUCGUACCGACGUCUGCGAUUACCGGUGAAGGCGUCCCUGAUCUGAUAAUGCUGCUUGUCAAUCUCACUCAGACGAGGAUGAGUGAUCGUCUCAUGUACCUGUCCGAACUGGAAUGCACUGUCCUUGAGGUCAAAGUCAUUGAAGGUCUUGGCACAACGAUCGAUGUCGUGCUCUCUAACGGCGUCCUGCGAGAAGGAGACAAGAUAGUUUUAUGCGGACUAAACGGCCCUAUUGUCACUCAGAUCCGUGCUCUCCUAACACCCCAACCUAUGAGGGAAUUAAGGAUAAAGUCCGCCUAUGUCCAUCAUAAGGAAGUGAGAGCUGCGCUUGGAGUGAAGAUAGCCGCACCAGAUCUCGAGAAAUCCAUUGCUGGUUCGCGUUUAAUGGUGGUCGGACCAGAUGAUGAUGAGGUGGAUUUGCGAGAGGAGGUUAUGUCCGACCUCACUAGUCUUCUCGAAUCUGUCGAACGCUCGGGGAGGGGUGUCACAGUACAAGCAAGCACAUUGGGUUCCCUUGAGGCUUUGUUAGACUUCCUGAAAGUUAGCAAAAUCCCGGUCGCAGGUAUUGGACUUGGCACUGUGCACAAGCGAGACAUCAUGCAAGCCGCAAUUAUGCUGGAGCGCGCAAAAGAAUUGGCAUGCAUCCUGGCCUUCGAUGUUGCUGUCGACAAAGAUGCAGAAAGAAUUGCAGAAGAAUUAGGGAUUAAGAUCUUCAAGGCUGACAUCAUAUAUCACCUAUUUGAUGCGUUUACUGCUUACAAUGCAGAGAUUAUGGAGGCAAAACGUCGAGAUGCAGCACCUCAAGCCAUUUGGCCAUGUCGUCUAAAAACCAUCGCCGUUUUUGCUAAACGCGAUCCCAUUAUCCUCGGAGUAGAUAUCCUGGAUGGAUCGUUACGAAUUGGCACUCCCUUGUGCGUCGUCAAGACAGACUCGACAACUGGGAAGAAGGAAAUCAUUUCACUUGGUAAAAUAACCUCUCUGGAGAUCAACCAUAAAUCCAUGGAAGUCGUCAAAAAGUCCCAAGCCGGUGCUGGGGUUGCUGUCAAGAUAGAACAUGCUGUUUACCAGUCUGCGAAGAUGUAUGGCCGUCACUUUGACGAUAAGGACGAACUCUUGAGUCAAAUCACAAGGCAAAGCAUCGAUGUAAUGAAGGAGUCGUUCAAAGCGGAGCUAUCGAAAGAGGAGCUGUUUUUGAUCAAAGGACUAAAGCAGCGUUUAGACAUUCCUUGAUUGCAUAUGGCAAGCCUCUUUACAACAUUUCCUAUUAUCACAUCUACCCAAUUAUGAAGACUCUGGAAUUAUGCUCUUGAGCCAUUGAGUCAAGUCGUGCAGUUCUCGUGGAUCUGCGGAAUGAACCAUUCCUUGGUAUGUGUUAAAGAUGACACCAGGUCCAAAAUCUGGGGCUUUGCGCGACCGAAGACCAAGUUUCUCCGUCAUGAAAUUGCUCGACUUGAGACCCCAGUCAUAGCGCACCACUUUAUCUUCGGUCCCGUGAGCCAUGAAAAUCGGCACCAUCUUGGUCGUGGGAGACAUGGUUUUUUCAGUCUGCCCAGCCA